GACAAAUAAGCAACGAACGGAAGUGCGCAGCGCCCUAAGGAAAGCACGAAAGCGAGCCAAGGCUGCCGCUCUCUCGCUGCGCUCGUCUCUUGCUCUGUCUCCCGUCGCAGACCCAGUUUUUCUUCGUGGUGGCGCGCACCGAUCGUCCGGCUCCCGAAUCCUCCCGCUCGCUCGUCGCUGAAUCGACCCUGCUCGUGGUUUGAAUCGAUUCCAGCGUGAUGGCGGGAAAUAUUUUAAAAGAGGAGGCCCUCGAGGAGAAAGGAGAGCGGGCCAGAAUGGCCGCUUUUAUAGGAGCGAUGGCCAUCGCAGAUCUCGUAAAGAGCACACUUGGACCUAAAGGCAUGGACAAAAUUCUCCAGUCGACUGGAAGGGGCCACUCUGUCACAGUGACUAACGAUGGCGCUACGAUUUUGAAGUCUUUGCACGUCGAUAACCCUGCUGCCAAAGUCCUUGUCGACAUUUCUAAGGUCCAAGACGAUGAGGUCGGAGAUGGUACCACGUCUGUGGUUGUUCUCGCUGGAGAACUUCUGCGCGAGGCUGAGAAGCUUAUUUCUCAGAAAAUUCACCCUAUGACCAUUAUUGCCGGUUAUCGAAUGGCGGUUGAGUGUGCGAGGAAUGUUUUGGAAAGUCGUGCUCGCAACAACAAAGAUGAUCCAGAGAAAUUUCGAACGGAUCUUGUCAACAUUGCAAUGACGACUUUGAGCUCGAAAAUUCUGUCCCAAGACAAGGAGUAUUUUGCCAACUUGGCAGUCGAUGCCGUUCUGCGGUUGAAGGGAAGUGGAAAUUUAGAAGCCAUUCAGAUAAUUAAGAAGUGUGGAGGCUCGCUAAAAGACUCUUUUCUUGAUGAAGGCUUUAUCUUAGACAAGAAGAUUGGUGUUGGCCAACCGAAACGUAUCGAGAAUGCCAACAUCUUGGUAGCAAACACUGCUAUGGACACGGACAAAAUCAAGAUUUACGGGGCCCGUGUGAGAGUGGACGCAAUGUCCAAGGUAGCAGAUAUUGAAGCUGCUGAGAAGAACAAGAUGAAAGCGAAGGUGGAAAAGAUUAUAGCCCAUGGUAUCAACUGUUUUGUUAAUAGACAGUUGAUCUACAACUUCCCCGAGGAGCUUUUUGCAGACGCCGGAGUUAUGGCAAUCGAACAUGCCGACUUCGAUGGUAUUGAGCGACUUGCUUUAGUAACCGGAGGUGAAAUUACUUCAACUUUCGACAAUCCUGAAGCUGUGAAACUUGGGCACUGCAAACUUAUUGAGGAGAUUAUGAUUGGCGAGGACAAGCUUAUUCACUUUUCAGGGGUGGAACUGGGUCAGGCUUGUACCAUUGUGUUGAGAGGAGCCAGCUCACACGUACUGGACGAGGCAGAGAGAUCCCUACAUGAUGCCCUGUGCGUGCUCGCAUCUACAGUCAAAGAUAGCAGGGUGGUUUGGGGUGGAGGAUGGCCGGAAAUGUUGAUGGCCCGACAAGUUGACGAGCUUGCAAGAAAGACGCCGGGAAAGAAAUCACUAGCUAUCGAAUCCUUCGCCGCAGCUUUGCGCGCCAUCCCCUCUAUCAUUUGCGACAAUGCUGGAUUAGACAGUGCGGAUUUGGUCUCACAGUUACGUGCAGCCCACUUUAGUGACGACAGUACGGCCGGUGUAGAUGUGAUUACUGGCGCUGUCGGAGACAUGGAAGCCCGAGGAAUCUACGAGGCCUUCAAAGUGAAGCAGGCGGUUCUGCUCUCCGCGACCGAGGCCUCUGAAAUGAUUUUGCGAGUAGAUGAGAUCAUUAAGUGUGCACCUAGGCAAAGAGAAGAUAGAAUGUAACAAUAUUAAACUUAAAAGCUGACAUUGUAAAAGAGGAUUUAGGGGUAGGCGGCUAGUUUUUUAUGAGGCGGUUGUCAGCAAUCAUAAUACAAGUUGGAACUUGCAAUUCUUGGAUCAAUUUUGAAGAUUUGUUUUAGAGGAAGUGCAGUUCCCCACCCGGAAGAAGCCAGUUACCCGUUGUGGCUCCCAGCUGUAUCUGAAAGUCAUCUGAGUGUGGGAUGUAGCGGCGACUGUUUCCCCACUGGUUUGUUCAGGCCUAUGGAAGCCAUAUUGUUUUUUGUUAUGGCGCUGAGGAUCUCAAGAUCACUUUGGAGAUCUGACCCCUUAAUACAAAUGUCUGUUCUCAA